AUGUUUCUUGGUGAUGAAAUAAGUACAUCGGCCCCACGGGUGUCGGUAUUCGAAAGACUCGAAGUAGGCACAUCAACUCCACGAGUGUCAACAUUUGAGAGGCUUGAAUUUCCAUCUAUUUCUCAACCAAAGGCUUUCAGAAAGAAAAGUUUAGCUGUAGAUGAAGAAAACUCAAGCUCAAAUUCUUCAGAAGAUUUUGUGGAUAUCAUUCAACCGGCACCUCAGGAAAUAGAAGACGGGGGGCAAGUAACAGAUGAUGAUUUAACAGAACUCAAUCUUGGUACCGAGGAUGAUCCAAAGCCUGUAUUUGUCAGCUCGUUAUUAAGUGAAGAGGAAUUGCAAAAGUACAAACAAUUCCUUUAUGAAUAUAAAGAUGUGUUUGCCUGGGGGUAUCAAGAUAUGCCAAGCUUGGACCCAAAUGUUGCGGUACAUAGGUUGGCAGUAUUAAAAGAUGUUCCACCUGUGAAACAAUCGCAAAGAAGAAUUCGACCAGAGUUAAUCUCAAAAAUUGAAGCAGAAAUCGACAAAUUGAUAAGAGUCGGCUUCAUUCGAGAAGUUAAAUACCCAACUUGGCUUGCAAACAUUGUCCCUGUGUUAAAGAAAAAUGGGCAAAUUCGGAUAUGCGUGGAUUAUCGAGAUCUAAACCGUGCCUGCCCAAAAGAUGAAUUCCCGCUUCCCACUACUGAAUUGCUAGUAGAUGCUACUACUGGAUUUAAUGCAUUAUCAUUCAUGGAUGGGUUUUCUGGGUAUAAUCAAAUCAAAAUGGCACCUGAAGACGAAGAGCUCACUACUUUUCGAACACCAAAAGGCAUUUAUUGUUACACAGUUAUGCCAUUUGGGCUUAAAAAUGCAGGGGCAACCUACCAAAGGGCAAUGGCCACUGUCUUUGAAGACAUGCUUCACAAUACUAUCGAAUGUUAUGUCGAUGAUUUGGUGGUGAAAACUAAAGAAAGGAUAAAUCAUCUUGAUGACUUAAGGCGAGUCUUUGAUAGACUUAGAAAACAUCAGCUCAAGAUGAACCCUUUAAAAUGUGCAUUUGAGGUAACAUCAGGAAAGUUCCUCGGAUUCGUUGUUAGACAUCGAGGAAUUGAAAUUGACCCCGCAAAAAUAAAAGCGAUUUUGGAAAUGCCUCCCCCACACAACUUGUGUCAACUACGGGGACUGCAAGGAAGACUGGCUUAUAUCCGAAGGUUCAUCUCAAACCUAUCUAGUAGAUGCCAACCUUUCACAAGACUAAUGCAGAAAAAUGUACCCUUCAUAUGGGAUAAGGCAUGCCAAAAUGCUUUUGAAAGUAUCAAGCAAUACUUGUCACACCCACCAGUGUUGAGAGCUCCAAUUUUGGGAAAGUCGUUGAUAUUGUAUAUCACAACAUUAGAUCGCUCCUUAGGAGCAUUGCUGGCACAAAAUAAUGAGGAUGGAAAGGAAGUCGCCCUUUACUAUUUAAGUAGAACUUUGGCAGGGGCAGAACAUAAAUAUCCUCCAAUUGAAAAGGUGUGCUUGGCUUUAAUUUUUGCCAUUACAAAAUUACGGCAUUACUUACUCUCACACACUGUGACAUUAGUGUCAAAAGCUGACCCUUUGAGGUACAUUCUAUCAAAACCUGUGUUGUCUGGACGAUUGGAAAAAUGGUCCAUGAUUUUGUCAGAGUUUGAAAUCAACUUUGUCCCGCAAAAAGCAAUAAAAGGACAAGCAUUGGUUGAUUUUCUGGCAAUGUACCCGAUUCCAGACAAUAUGGAGUUGCGGGAGGACCUUCCAGACGAGGAAGUUUUCACAAUUGAAACACCAUCUUGGCAACUUUACUUUGAUGGGGCAGCAAAGAAGUGUGGGGCAGGUGCUGGUAUUGUCUUUGUGACACCUUCUGGAGGACUGAUACCUUACUCUUUUCACAUUAUGGCUAUAUGUACCAAUAAUGUAGCAGAAUAUGAAGCGUUAAUAAUUGGUCUCGAAAUUGCACUCGAAAUGCAAAUACAAUCAUUGGAGGUAUAUGGCAAUUCUCUUCUAAUUAUCAAACAAAUUAAUGGUGAGUUUGCAGUCAAGCAUGAGGCUUUAAUUCCUUAUCAUGAGAAGGCUAAGCAUUUGAUUGCUCAAUUCCAAAAUAUCACGUUAAAUCAUGUCCCUAGGUCAAAAAAUGGCAAAGCUGAUGCUUUAGCUAAAUUAGUUGCAUCACUAACGCUUCCUGGUGAAAGGGAUAUUCAAAUUACAAUAGGAGAAUGCCAUUUGUUACCCCAAAUCAUAGAUCGGAAAGAAGAAAUAAGUACCAUAAAUUUGGUAACUUUCCGUGAAAAUACAAACGACAAUGACUGGCGCCAACCAAUUAUUAACUAUAUCCAAAAAGGAGUCUUGCCAGAAGACUUGAAAAGAAGAGUGGAUGUAAAAAGAAGAGCUCUUCGGUUUGUCUUCCUCAGUGACACAUUGUAUAAGCAUUCUUUUGAUGGGAUGUUGCUAAGAUGUCUUUCAAAAGAAGAGGCGUCACAUGCGCUUCAAGAAACUCAUGCUGGUACAUGUGGUGCACACCAAGCUAGCCCAAAACUGUCAGCUCAAUUAAAGUGGUUGGGUUACUAUUGGCCUACUAUGGUUCAAGAUGCGAUUAAUUUCGCCAAAUGCUAUUACUUCUCCAAAUGGGCCGAAGCUAUACCGUUAAAAGAAGUACGAGCAGAGGAUGUCGCGGAUUUUAUAAGGACUCAGGCAAUUGUCAAAUUGAUGGACAAGUACAAAUUCAAGCACAGUUUUUCAGCUAGUUAUAACCCGUCUUCAAAUGGUCAAGCAGAAGCAUUUAAUAAGGUGUUAUGCAAAAUCAUGAAGAAGACAGUGACAAAGAAUAAAAGGGAUUGGCACAAACGCCUUCCAGAAGCUUUGUGGGCUUAUAGAACCACUAUAAGAACUGGGACUGGUUGUACACCUUAUAACUUGGUGUUUGGGUCUGAAGCAGUUUUACCUUUGGAGGUUCAAAUACCUUCAUUAAGAAUUUCUACUCAACUAACGACCCCAGAUGAAAAUGUGCAAGUCCGUCUAGCUGAGCUUGAAGCAUUAGAUGAAAAAUGA